CUCGCGAUACUUCUAAUGUUUAUAGUAUUUGAAACAACGGUGCUCUGAUGACGCAUCACACGUGCGACAGGUGACCAAAAGGAUGGAAUGUUAGUAGCAGAGCACUUUUGCUGUUUAUUGAAAAUGAACUUCCGACCAGAGCCUCUAUGAAUGUAACGAGGACGGCGAAGAAGUCCAAGUUCUUUAAUGAUGUGGAUGUUAAUUCCAGGAGUGGUUACAGGAUUUAGUCGGCGAAGUUGUAAACUGGAAUAGCUGAGCACCAUUCCAACUGAAGAGGGAGAAAAAUAUACCAUCUAGAUAAUGCCGCAAAAUCCACAACAAACGGUAAAGCAGAAUUUCCCGACGGCAGUGCUUUCCCAUUUCACAUGGCUGUACACUGAGGUGUUUAAUGGCCUCCAGCUCAGGGCUGUCCAUGUGAGAAGUGAAUCUGAGAAGAGAAGGGCAGACAUUUUAAAGAGAGAGAAGAGUUUCCCACAGAGCAUGGCCUCUGCCAAAGAAGAUGGAGUGGAUGAAAGAACGGUGGACAUUAAAGAAGAGGCCUGUGAGUGGCUCACACCAGAGGAUGUGUGUGUGAAGCUGGAGGAUCACGAAGAAAGAAUUUCAGUUUGUAAAGAGGAGGAGGAGUUCAGGGAGGUGACUGCUGCCAUUAAAGCUGAGGAUUUGAAUUAUUUCUCAGGUAGUCUUGAACUUCAAAAGCAUGAAACUGAGGAUAUUUUCAAGCGCGAGGCCUGUGAAGAAUCUCCAUCCAGUUUACAGCCCUGGUCCACUAAUACGGGACGACUGGCUACACAGGAGAAUUCUGCAGAGCUGAAAUCAGAGUUAUCACUGUCUGAAGAGAAAAUCACCGAGGGAAAUGGGAGAGAAGGAGAAGAAUCAUCUGGGAGUGUUGGAAUAAAUUUACAGAAGAAUGGCAGCUUCUCUACACCUUCAUUUGAUCAGCCCUAUCUUCAAUACAAAAAGAAAGAUAUGAAGAAAUUGGCAAGAGGAUCAGAGAACCUGACAGCAGCCUUUUUGCAGUGCAGUUUUCUCCCUGCUACUGAAGUAACACCGACAGAACCCAUCAAAACUGAUCGACAACAAGUGGAGAAAGAACUCCAAAUUCAUACUGGAAAAAAAUGUUUGGAAUGUGGCAAACAAUUCACACACAAAAGUGAUCUUAAUAAACAUAUGAAGAUUCACACUGGAGAAAAACCUCAUUGCUGUUCUGAAUGUGGCAAGUUGUUCUUAUGGAAAAGCAAUCUUCAUAACCACAGAAGAAUCCACACAGGAGAAAAACCUCAUUGUUGUCCAGAAUGUGGUAAGUCAUUCUUAAGGAGAAGCAAUCUUCAGAACCACAGAAGAAUCCACACAGGAGAAAAACCUCAUUCCUGUUCAGAAUGUGGUUUCAGUUUGAGUUCAGCACCUUCUUCAUAUCGAUUCCCAAGACAACGUUUCUUCAUGUCAAAACUACAAGCUGGAGGCCACAGGAGCUCAAUAAACUCCAACAGCAGGAUUGACGAUUAGAAAGCUCUGCUCUGAGAAUGUCAGCUACACAAAGCUUCGGCUUCAUUUACUUUACAGAAAACUCCAAAAAGCAGAACUGACCCCUUCUGUACCCCCACCACUGAAGGUCAAAUUUGACCCCCUCACUACUCGUCGUUGGUUCACUCUGCUUGGACUUUCUGUAUUUUGUAAGUUUAUGUUUCAUUUAUUGGCCACACUCUUUUUACAUUUCCUUUCAUUGAUGAUCUCAAAUGUGUGAGUAUAUCUUGACUCUUACAAGGACUUAUCUAAAAAGGGUACAUUGGCCAUGAAAUGCAAGGAGGCAUAAAAAUAUGAAAAAAAAUGCAAACCACAAAAUGAAGAGGUAACAUCGAUGAAAUAUGCUCAGUGGCAGAGGUGACGAGGACAAAAUUUAGAAAGGACAGCAUAGAAAAGGCAGGUACCAACUGAAAACAAAAGAAGAAAGGUGAUUGGUGGAAAGAACUGUCAGUCACACCUGAGUGGACUGUUGAGGACAGCCGUGGCAUUGAGACUUCAGAGUUCAUGUGUUUUUGAUUUCAAAUCUGUGACCAUACACUGAAUAAGUCUGUUAUUUAGCAGUUAGCAUGUUCUGAAACUUUAAUGUCAUCACAAAGAUCAUACAAACAUGUAAUGUAGCGUUUGUGAUCAAUCACUUUUGUUGAUUUUUAUGGCACCAUUCAUCAGCCCUGUAUAGAGUGCCACUUCCAGAUCAGCAACACCACUGCACCCCGUAGCACAUUUGGAGUUUGGGACUGGAGCACAAAGUGGAUGGCACUCUGAGAAGGACAGACUUGUAAGACGUGAACAAAGCCAGCUGCCCUCCCUGGUCUGUCUUCAUUCAGAAGGACUCACCUGAAUGGUGGGAUUGUUCUGCGGCGCUCAUGUUAGCCGACAUUUCAUCAGCUUGCUUUCUGCGUUUAAUCAGAUAAACAGCAGAGUUAAUCCAAGAUGAGCCAGGCCUGUUACAAUGUGAACGUUCUUGACAUUUUGUUUUGCUUUAAAUAUUUUUUCUACUUCUUUACUUUGAGUUCUUGGAGGUCUUGUACAUUAGAGAUUAUUAAUACAUGAGCAUUUGGUGUUAA